AUGAAAAAUUGUGAAUUAUCAAAACGAGAUUUAAUUUUUAAUAAUGUAAUAAAUACAAAGAAUAAUUUAAAACGUCUAAAUAAAAACGUAAAAGGAGAUCUUACAUAUGCUGAGAAAAAAACAAAAGAUACUUUUUUAAGUAUUGAACAAGAUAAAGAUAAAGAUAGUGAACUAGAUUGUGGACAAUCAGAAAAAAAAUACAAAAUAUCAAAUGAAGAACAAAUAAAUAAUACAUGCUCAAAUUUUAAUAAAGAAGAUAAUUAUAAUAUAUAUGAUAAUUUAUCUGUUAAAGAAUUAAGCGAUGAAGAAGUAAGCUCAGAAAAUGAAUAUAAUAAAAAGAUAAAAAAAAAUGUUUUAAACAAUACAAUAAAUAAUCAAAAUUCAAUAGAACAAUAUACUAAAGAGUCCUUGAACGAUGAACAAAGUUAUAAAAAUAUUAAUGAAGAAAACAACAUUAAUUCAUGCAAAAUUUCUUAUAAUGUAGAUGAAUGGAUUUGUAAAUUGUUAAAAUGUGAACUAUUAAAAAUCGAAGAAGUCAAAUUAAUGUGUGACCUCUUAAUUGAUAUUUUAAAAAAUGAAGAAAACUGUGUCAGAAUUAAUGUCCCUGUAACGGUUGCUGGAGAUAUUCAUGGACAAUUCUUCGAUCUUUUGGAAUUAUUCCAUAUUGGAGGUUUACCACCUGAUGUGAAUUAUUUAUUUUUAGGCGAUUACGUAGACAGAGGUUACUAUUCGUGUGAGUGUUUUUGCUUAGUUGCAUGUUUUAAGAUAAAAUACCCAAGCAGGGUAACAUUAUUGCGAGGUAAUCAUGAGAGUAGACAGAUAACAAAGGUAUAUGGUUUUUACGACGAAUGUAUAAGAAAAUAUAAUAAUAACAACAUAGUAUGGAAAUAUUUAACUGAUGUGUUUGAUUAUUUGCCCUUAACAGCAAUAAUAAAUGAUGAGAUAUUUUGUGACCAUGGUGGUAUAUCUCCAUGUUUGCAAACAAUAGAUGAUAUAAAUAAGUUGGAUAGAUUUAAAGAGAUACCUCAGGAUGGAGCCAUAUGUGAUUUAUUGUGGAGUGACCCUGCUGGUCCUGAGGAUGAAAUAACAGAGGGUUGGAAACCUUCUCCUAGAGGAGCAGGAGUUUUAUUUAGUGAGGAAAAAACGGAAGCUUUUUUACGUAUGAACAAACUUUCUUGUAUAUGUAGAGCUCAUCAAUUAGUACAAGAUGGAUUUCAAUGGAUGCAUAAUGAUAAGGUUGUUACAAUUUUUAGUGCUCCUAAUUAUUGUUAUCGUUGUGGUAAUUUUGCUUCUUUAAUGCUUGUAGAUGAAUUUAUGGAAAAAGAUUUUAUAACAUUUAAUACAGCUCCAUUAAGAGCUAAUGCUCAAGCUUUAAGAAGAAAUGUUCAAUAUAUGUUGUAA